AUGAACAAAGCAAUAGACGUUACUAGAAGGUCGGAGGACUGCUACAUCAUAAGUAUCAUAAAAUCUCAGCUCUGAAUAGUUAAAUAUUGGUAAGAGUAAGCAGGUGUCGGAUAUGAAGUUAAAAUUAAACGUAAUAUCAGAUAAUAUCAUCAAAAAGUCUCGAAACUUUUUGUUCUAGGCACUAAUAAGAAUGUCUGACUCCAAAGAUGAGAAGGGGCUAGAUGAGAAGAUAUAUGGUGGUUGUGAAGGGCCUGAUGCAAUGUAUGUCAAAUUAAUAUCAUCAGAUGGUCAUGAAUUUAUUGUUAAAAGAGACCAUGCUUUAACUUCUGGUACUAUAAAAGCUAUGUUGAGUGGUCCAGGACAGUUUUCUGAAAAUGAGACAAACGAAAUAAAUUUUAGGGAAAUACCAUCUCAUGUCCUAGAGAAAGUGUGUAUGUAUUUUACCUAUAAGGUACGCUACACGAAUAGUUCAACAGAAAUACCUGAAUUCCCCAUUUUACCUGAAAUAGCUCUGGAAUUACUUAUGGCGGCAAAUUUCCUUGAUUGUUAAAUACAGUUUAUAUCUUAUAAUUGUUAUACAUUUUUUUGAAUCCUGUUGUACAAGACAAGAUGGUGUAUUUUUUUAUUUAGUUUAAAGCAAUCUGGUGGGUGCUUACAUUCUGCCAACAUAAGACAAACAAACAAGUUUAAGUGAAGCCUGUAUGCAACAAAAGUAGGGUAUUUAGGCUAUGUCUGGUCAUUUUCAUGAGAACUUUUAGUCUGAGCUUAAGAUUUUAAAACAUUUCAUACCUGUGAAUAUUCAAUGAAAGUUUUUAUUUUUCUUGAAUCAUAUAUGAUAUGCUAGAGUGUUGUUUAAUAAUAGUGGAAAAGCAUCAAGCUAAGAUUUUAAUACACAGUUAUAAUUAUCAUCAUAAAUAAACUUGAGCUGAUUGGCGAUGUCUGAAGAGCAAGCUUGAAAUACAAAUGUAAAUUUUAAUCCAUAGUAACACCUGAGAAGGAUUAAACUCUUAUUUAAUCAGUAAAUAUGGAUUUUUAUAUGCCCACUUAAAGACCAAAUCUAUGAUGAGGCAUUAAAGGCAUGUUAUUGGUGUAAAUUUGCUGUUGAAUGUUACAAACCAAUGGAUUUUUACUUUUAUCUCAAUGAGGAUUAGUAAAUUACAAUUUGGUGACUUUGAUUCAGCAUGUUUUGGAGCCUGUGACAGCAAAGUCAAUAUCUCAAAACUUAUUAUAGAAUAUCUCAUAAAUUAUAACAUUAACUUAUCAUUAUAUAGUUUCCAUUUUUAAUUGUUUGUACACUUUUUGAAAGUUGAUUUAGUCUUUUGUGAUAUAUGCUAUUAUUAUUAUUUUGUCUGUCAUGUGUGUAAUAUUUGGUGAACCAUUGUUUUAAAAUGUUUUUUUUUAACAAGAUGACAGCUUUCUGAGUGAAGUGAAACUUGUUAAUAAAUAGCGUGGUUCUAUAAAGAACUAAAUUUAAACUAGCUGUAUAAUAUAGAUAUUGACCUGGCUAAAUAAAUUUUCUAAUGUGUUAAC